AUGUUUGUUGUCUUGCUUGACUUCAAGGCAUCUUUCGAUAUCAAUAUUGUCGAUGUACCUGGACAACGAUGCCCUGUUGGAAGCAUGAAAGACUACUCGCAUCAUAAAUGGCAAUCGCUUCUUUCCUCUGCACAGGGCACGGCACAAUUUCCUGCCUCCUGUAGCAAUAUAAAAGCUCUUUUACGCAGGAUUCCUGCUAUACCUGAUGCUUCUAGCGUUGCAGAAACCGUUGAAAAACAUGCUUUAUCCCUAGAAGGAUACUCGAUAUGGAAUAUCCAGUCAACUGUUGCCUGCCAUCUUACCUCUGAGUCGAAGAAAUCAAGACCUCAAAAUAUAAGAAUUGGACAGUUAAAGCCUACACUUUGUAGUCUUUCAAAUGAAUUUCUUCCAGAGUGGACCGGAUUUGGCAGUUUAACGCACAUUCUUCCCGCUGGUAACUAUCUUUGUGUAUUCGUUUUGGGUUGGUCAUACGUCCUCUCUACAAGCCUAGUUGAGCUCCGAGGAAAUGAAAACGACCGCACAUACUAUACGGAUACCAGGGCAACGGUACUGGAAAAGCUGGACAAAUCUUUCUCAGAUAACCACUAUAUAUUAUCAAUUGGCAAUGCAGAUGAACGAGAAUCUAGAUGGUGGACUGCAAUCCUUGCCAAUGGAUGCGGAUGGCGAGCGACACUUACUAGACUUGAGGCUGAGUACUGCUCACCAUGGGCCUGCCAUCUGAGAGAUGAUGAAUUUUUUACUAUUCAACAUGAUAAACUUAUAUUCAACUUAUCAUCUAAUAUCAACCCUCCAUCCUCAAACCAGGCUCUCAGUUACCUUCUUAAAUUCGCUCAAGUGCAUAACAUAUUUGACCAACUCCUUACUGCAUUUAUGGCCGCCCUUACCAUACCAAACCAUAUUAGGUUUGGAGCGCCUGUUACCUUACCGACACCCCGAUUAUAUUCUCACUUGAAUAAGCAGAGCACUCUAGAGUAUAGGCAGAAGAUUCCAUCGACUGACGAGAUUCCAUAUUUUAUGUCGUUAUCGGCCAUACCUGGCGUGAUAUCUUCCUGCCUAUUUAGCUCUUUCUGGGAACCAGGAAUACCAUGCAAUCUUGUUAGUGAGUGGCUUCACACGCCGCUACAGGAGAUAAUGCCAUCCCUUGUCGGUGAAAAGAAACACCACAUUAUUGUGCGAAUGCUGGCUGCCAGAUCUCCAAACAUUGCGCCCUUGCUGCUGGGCUCGAUGAUAACCGGAAUGCUACAUAGGAUACCGGAAGUGUAUAAAAGUUUUAUACCCCCGAUUUGUCUGGAAGCAGCUGUAUGGAGUUCAUCGUCACAGUCUUUUAUGGACCCGACAUUCCACCGUAUGCCAAACUUGCAAAGGAGUCUUACAUAUAAAAAAAUCAUCCCGCGUGAGGAUGAAUUUCGGCUUCUUUAUAUCACAGAUUUUGAAUCUCUGGAUUAUGGGGCAUUACCAUUGAGCCCUUACCCUCCAUUUGGCUUGAUCUAUAGCCAUUGGGUUUGGCGUGGCCAAAAACAGGGGGAGGCGCAGUACUUCGAUGACUAUGGCUUGGUUCCAUCGAUCAAUAUAUCCUCCCUUGAUAAACAGGGAGACAGAUGCUAUGCCUCAGCUAUACACAAUAGCAGGUCAUUGCAGCUCAUUCAACGAAGAUUGUGUGACACUGUCUUUACCAGUCCGCAGCAAAUCUCCAAUAACGACUUUAACGAAAGACUCUCCGAGACUGCCACUCGAAACCUAUUCUCCUGGACCUUUUUCCCGGACGGAGUGAGACUGGAAGACAAGGAAAUAUGGCAUCAUGAAUGGCUAGAUGUGCUCCUUAGUAUUGAUGACAACGAUUCGGCAGGAACUUCCAAUUUUCCUAACACAUCCAGCAAAGAGCUGAACGCAUCAAACUCCAAUUUUGCAACACUCUUUGAUUGA